UGAUCUUUCUGAAUUGUAUAAUUCGCUCCAAAUAUUUUCUAAAUCAAAUUUGGAAAGAGCGUCAUAUUUAAGGAAAAAGGUGUUUUGCUUUACAGCAUCCAAUGGAAACAAUUCUCGGUCCAGUAGCAUCUUAAUAACUUCUCGUUGCCAUCUUCUUUCUGCAAAUUUUUCGAAAAAG